AUGGAGGACCUGAUUCGUGCUCCUGAAGUAGAUGCCUUAGAGGAGCAACUACUAACAAAAACAGAGAGGAAGCAACGAGCAACAAAAAGAUUAUACGAAGCAGCAGAGGCAAAUAAUACAGAUAAGGCACUUGCUCAGCUUAAGGAAGGAGCAGAUGCUGCUGUUGAGGAUGCUGCCCAAUGGAGUGCCCUCCAGUGGGCAGUGGUCCACGGGAACGAGCAGAUGGUGAGGGAUUUGCUGCAGUAUGGAGCAGCAGAGCCACUAGUGCAGCAGCAGCAGCAACAGCAGCAGCAGCAACAACAACAACAGAAGCAGCAGCAGCAGCAGCUGCUGCAGCCGCCCCUUUUGAGCAUUGAAACACAGUCGUGGCAGCUGCAGCCGAAACUGCAGCAGCUGCUGCACCGCGAGCAGCACAGGAGGCAGCAGGCAAUAGAGAAACGCAUGUAUCGCCCCCACAAACAGCAAGAUGAGGCUCCUUCUGCUGCUGCACGAGCAGCAGCAGCAGCUGCUGCCGCUGCACGAGCAGCAGCGGCGGAAAAAUCCUCUACAGCCACGCCAGCAGCUGCUGCUACGGGUGGCCAGCAGCAGGAGCAGCAGGAGCAGCAAGAGAAAUCACCAGGAGAUGCAGCAGCAGCAGCAGCAGCACAACCAGCAGCAGCAGCAGCAGCAUCUACUCCAGGAGGUCAACAGGAACAAUCUCCAGUGGUGCCGCCAGCAAGGAGGAAAUAUUCUCCACUACACUGGGCAGCAUUUAAAGGAGAGACACAUAUUUUUUAUUUGUUGCUGAAGGCGGGCCUUUCUCCUUUUGCUAGAGACCUCUUUGGCAACACUGUCCUGCACCAGGCACUAACAGCUGAGCAGCGGCUGAUUGCUGCCUUUGAGGAAGGAACACUGCGUGCGCUGCAGCAGCAGCAGCAGCAGGAAGUUUUGUUUGGCUCUAAGGCGUACGUAAAAGGACUGCAGCAGCAGCAGCAGCAACAGCAGCAACCGCAGCAACAGCAGCAACAGCAGCAGCAACAGCAGCAGCAACAGCAACAACAGCAGCAACCAGAUGACGGCCAAGCACAGCAAGCAACAGAAAAUAAGGAAUCACAGCAGCAGCAGGAUCAGCAGCAGCAAGAGCAGCAGGAGCAGCAGCAAGAGCAGCAACAGCAGCAGAACGAGGAAAACCAGGAAAAUCAUCAUCAGCAUCAUCAUCAUCAUCAUCAGCAGGCUGAGUCUGUUGAGCAGCAGCAGCAGCAGCAGCAGCAGCACGAAGGUUUUCAUCUCCUUGAUGUAGUAACAUCAUUAGUAGCAGAAGGAGAGAGUUGCUGCUGCAGCGAGAGUUUGCUGCUGCAGCUAAAAUGCUGCAGACGUUUGCUGCUAGCAGAAUAUCAUCUAACUAAUCUGCUGCAGUGUAUAGGCACCAAUAAUGCAUGCCCACCAACCCAUCUAUUCGAGUAA